ACGAUGCAUCAGAUAGUGCAACUUUUGUAAUAUUUGAAAGCGUUGGAUGUUUGUUGUUGCAUAAGUCCUGCUCCGAGAUGCUGAAGUUCUGUGAGAAUGUCUCAGGAGGAAGUGAACAACCAGAUGUGUUCAAUCAAAUGCUGCUAGAUAAGUCAUUUAUCUUCAAGGUUGAGGUUAGCACCGCAAGCUUCAAUGAGUUUGAACCUUCUUACAAUGUUAAUGACAUAUGCUUUAAUGACCGGGUCAUUGCAAAAUUUAAGGAGUUGCACUCUACAUUUUACUCUCCUCAGACUGAUAAGACCAUCGGAUAUUCAACCGAUGGGAAGACAAACUCACAAGUGAUUUCAGUUGACAAGGCCUCUUCUUGCAUAAAGAAUUUAAUAGUGGAUUUUGUGGAAUCUCAAAAAAGUCGUCCAACACAAUCAGGAGAUGAUGUGGUCAAUCUUACUCCCAUGAAAAGAAUGCAAGGCGAGUCAUCUAACCUUGGAGAUGGAGAUGAGUCCGUCUACAAGAGGAUGACGAUGAUGAGUUCUGCCCAGCAUCGCCGUUCAUGGCGGGUCAACAUUCAGGCAAAGGGCAAAGGCUUUGAUUUCAAGCUGUGCGCAACUAGCCUCUUCCACCAUUGCAACAAUUGCAGCAGCUUCUUCCAAUUAUCCGCCAAACUGAAGCGCUUCAGCUUUCUCAUCAGGCUGAGAUCUGAACCCGAGGCGUCCAGUCCCAGAAGAAUUGCAGGAUCUUCGAAGUCGAAACUUGUGAGAUUUAUUGAAAGGCUCUUGGCAAGGGGGCGGACAAAAAGUUCUCCUAUUCCUAACUCUCGCAAUCAAAGGGAAUUGUUUUCUCCGAGUUCGGUGCCAGGGCCAGGAGGCAUUGUUGGUCUUUUAGGCAGGGCAAUUUCUAAGGGAGAUAGAGAUGAGGUUUUUAUGGCCACAUUGUUCUGUGUGACCCGGCUCUUCAGGAAUUUCAGCACAAGAGGUCUGUGGGUUUUCAUGGUCCUUUUGAUUGCUGGAGUGGUGGGGUUUUCAGGCAUCAUAGAUUUCAGGAACCACUUCACUGAUGUUUGUUCGCUAAACCUUUUGGGAAGAUGAACAAAGUGUUUUUAACAAAUUCACAACUGUAAUAAUGAACAUGGUUUUGU